CUCUCACACACAGACACGGGGAAGGAAGAGCGACCGUCUCCUCCGCAGACUGUUGUUGUUUGUUUGUUUGUUUGUCUCGCAGGGUUAACGGAUCUUUCGUCACCAUGGCCACGGGUGGGCCGGUGGAGGUGUACCUGGACAUGCUGUCGCAGCCGUGCCGGGCCAUACACAUCCUGCUCAACUGCGCUCACAUCCCGCACCGAGUCCGCGCGGUCGCUCUGCGGAAAGGAGAACACAAGACUCCAGAGUUCACCAAGCUGAACCCCAUGCAGAAGGUCCCAGUCCUGGAGGACAACGGCUUCGUCCUCACUGAGAGCGACGCAAUCCUCAAAUACCUGGCCACCAAGUACGUCGUCCCUGAGCACUGGUAUCCAUGGCAACCAGAGCGGCGAGCUCGGGUGGACGAGUACGCGGCGUGGCACCACACCAACACGCGAGCCCGUGCCGCCAAGGUCUUCCUGCUGGAGGUGCUGCUGCCGGGGCGGAUGGGAGUCCCGGUGGACGAGCCGCGACUGAAGCGUGCGCUGUCGGAGCUGGACGACACGCUGGACAAACUGGAGACCAUGUUCCUGCGGCGGCAGCCGUUCCUCUGUGGCGACGACGUCACCAUCGCUGACCUGCUCGCCGUCUGUGAGCUCAUGCAGCCUCUCGGAGGUGGGAGGGAUGUCCUAAAGGACCGCCCCCUGCUGCAGCGGUGGAAGUGUCGUGUCCAGGCGGCUGUCGGCCAGUCCUUCAACGAAGCGCACGCCGUGCUGUUCGCCGUCAGAGACCGCCACCGGGGCAGGCUGUGAUGUCACAGAGGAGGCGGAGCCACGGCACUAAUCCUCAGGAGGAGGAGGAGCCUAACGGGAGGAUGAAGAUGUUUCACUAAUGGUGCUUUUCCACCAGCACCUACUCAGCUCGGCUCGACUCAACUCGGCCUGGUUUCUUUUCCAUAACAAUUCAGCUGGAGCAGAAGUAGGAGGUUGGAGUGAAGCUGCUGUGACGUAUUUGAUUGUGUAUCUAAACGGAGAAGACAACAACACUAAAGAUGUAGAACCUGGAGGAGAUGAUAGAUGUGCUGCUGGAUCUGUGGCUUGUGUUCAAUAUCAAGUUAAAAAAUGAGAGUGAGAGAAGAUUCAAGCAGCAACGCUUUCUUUUUUGUUAGUUCAUCUCGGCGCUGCUGAAAAGUCAGCUGGAGCCGUGAGCAGCUAUGAAGAGACAGAGCUCCUGGUAGAUCUGGUCGUUCCUUUUUUCCCGUCUAGAUCCCUUUUUAAUUCUCUCCUCAGCACCAGGUUUAUGAACAUCUGCACCUCAGAGUUGGAUCAUGAAACAGACUUUUGCUGCCAUUGCCUGAAUAAAAUGAACAAGAAUCCGUCUCUUUCUCUGAUUUCCUCCUCCUGACUCAGACGUCUGACUCCAACCCCCCGACCAAUCGGUGGCCUGUAGUGUGAUGAUGUCAGAUACAGCCGACUCAGCCGACAGAGUAGUUACAGAAAAAGUAUCUACUCGGCACGUUAGACCCCUGGUGGAAAAGAACCAACCCGAGAUAAAUGCAGUCGGGCUGAGUAGGUGCUAGUGGAAAAGCAACAUAACGUUUGUGUCAAUGAAGCUGAUUUCAAAUUUCAUAGAAAUAAAGUAAGAUUUUGUUUAACAAACUGACAGCAGCAGUGAAUCAGAACCACAUGGCCUGAUACUUGGACCUCAUUGGUUGACGACCGGCUCAGGCCUCGAUCAUUAUCAUCAUUGUUGUCAUGUUUUUGACUUGUUUGUUUUUGUCUGUAAUCUAAAGACUGUUUUUGAUCCGGUUUAACAUGUAAACAGAAAUAAAGCUGUGAUUUUAUUCUCUUA